UCCGUCAGUCGCUAGUCAACCUCGCUCCGGACGACAGCCGCCUGGCAGCCCAAUCGAGACCGAAACAAAUUGCCAUAGCAGCCAAUCCUGUCGUGACGAACGAGAAUUCAUAAACAUUCACCUGCCAGCGCUUCAGCUCCGUGCCACCAAUUCCUUCGUUCAGUUGUGCCAGUGAAUCGCAGACAUGGCAGAUGAGGCGGAAGGAGGCAAGGAGGGCGAAAAGAAAAUCGUACACGUUUAUCCACUGGUGAAGCACUCGGACAUGAACGAGGAGAUGCGAAUAGAGGCCAUUGAACUGUCCAUCACGGCCUGCGAGAAAUAUGCGUCGAACUAUGAGCACGCUGCCAAAAUCAUCAAGGAAACCAUGGACAAGAAGUUCGGCAUCUAUUGGCAUGUGGUGGUGGGCGAGGGAUUCGGUUUCGAGGUCUCCUACGAAACGGAGAACAUACUCUACUUGUUCUUCGCCGGGAACCUGGCCAUUGUGCUGUGGAAGUGCUCCUGAAAAGCGGGUCAAAGCAGCCAUCAAUCGAACGUACCUAGAAACCGGAACAAAACCCCCAAACCGAACCAAACAGAAUUAUUUAGCAUUAAUUUUAGUCAUACAUACAGACAUGCAGGCCUACAUACAUACCGUUAAUGUUGUGAAUAGCGAGUCUUGCACUGGUGGAUGAGAAAUGAAUUACCAUGGCAACGAUGUGUGUGGAAAAA